ACAAUUUUAGAAUUUAUACUUCCGGCCAACCCUCUGUAGUUAGCUUUCACUGUGACGUAGUUUCGAAGGGUCUUGAAAUGAUAAACAUUUGAUUUUAGUUUGUGUUUAAAUUUUAAUAUUAGAUCUACGUUCGAAAAUGAUGCAGUUUAUGCUUUUGUUCAGCCGUCAAGGUAAACUAAGGCUUCAAAAAUGGUUUGCAGCUUACCCAGAUCGAACAAAAAAGAAAAUUACCAGAGAACUUAUAACCUUGGUUUUGGCACGAAAACCAAAAAUGUGCAGUUUUUUGGAGUGGAAAGAUCUCAAGAUUGUUUAUAAAAGGUAUGCUAGUCUUUAUUUUUGCUGUGCAAUUGAAAAUGAUGAUAACGAGCUUUUGACUCUAGAAAUAAUCCAUCGCUAUGUUGAACUUCUGGACAAAUAUUUUGGAAGUGUGUGUGAAUUAGACAUAAUUUUCAACUUUGAGAAAGCUUAUUUCAUGCUGGAUGAGUUUUUGCUUGGAGGUGAAGUUCAAGAGACCAGCAAGAAGAAUGUUUUGAAAGCCAUUGCAGCACAGGACUUGUUACAAGAGGAGGAAACACCACAAGGAUUCUUUGAGGACCAUGGCUUAGGCUAAAUUUGCAGCGAGAACUCUCUUCCCUUUUGAUACUGCAUGCAGAUUGGCUUAAAGAUUCUAAUGGAGGUUAAGGAUAAAUUAAACAGAACUUUUUUUUUGUCAAUACAUUUUUUUAAAGCAAGCUAUAACUUUGAAGGCAUUUAAACAAUCUGAAUAAUUUUUUCCUAAAAAUUUUGAUCUUAUUCAGGUAUGUUAAAAAUUACACAUGUAUAGUCCACAGAUUUCCCCUUAUUUGUUCAGUAGUAAAAUUAACGAAUUUUCUAAUUGUGUGGUGGGAUUGGGUUUAAUAUAAAGUGACAUUGUAUUAAUCAAAUCCAAGAUUUUCUUUGUAGAAUACCACAGCUCUCGUUUAAUUAUUUUUAAUCGGUUGCUCAAUUUUUAAAUAUAGUAACCUUAAAAAAACCAACCAAAGCAAUUCUGAUUACUCAUUUAGCUGUAUCAGAAACCUUUGUAUUAUCUAUUUUCAUAAUUGAUUAAGUGUUUGUGAUUUAAAUAAGCUUAUGGACAGUUGUAAAGGUUGUGUAUACUUGAUCAUAUUAAUAAGAUUUUUAAUUUUCUAUAAUGAAAUAAUUUUUGUCAGCUUUUAAAUCCUUUAGUUUUUGUGAUAUCAUUGUGUAAUGAUUUUAGGAUUAACUAUUGUAUUUAAAUUGUAAAUAAACAUGUUUUUUUUUAAGCUAACGGUUGACAUAAUUUAGAUACUUUUUUACACUUAGAAUUCUAUAUUGGUUUAUUUAAAUAGUUCCAUGACAUUGGGUUUUUUUUAAAACAUAUUUAAUACUUAUAAUUUAUUAAUUACUUAUUUUAGAAGUAAUGACUAGAUUUUUUUUUGCAUUGUUAGCUUAACAAAAUAAACAAGCUUCAAUGUUGACAAGGCUUUUGUUGACACAAAACCUCUUCAUUCCAUUUAUACUCUUUCAAUAUUUAUUCCUUGAGUUUAUUAUCCAUGGUUACGUUUUUGUUACUAUUAUUAACCUUGUUUUUUAAGUGCAACUUAUUGGUGAAUUAGCCAGUAAAUAAUCCAGAUAAUACAAGCUUUUUGUUUUUUUUUUAAAACUGAUGAGUGUAUCCUUUUAGGGCUUUGUUAUUUGAAAAAAAUAAAAUUAAGAUAAAAAAAAAUGAUUAGUUUUGUUGUGAUUUGGUUAGUUAGUUCUCUGUGCCAAUAACCCUUGUAUAAAAAAAUAAAUGUUUAUUUGCUUCUGCCUUGGAUAAUUGUUUUCUAUAAAUGUUUUGCUUCAGUUCUGCUCCAAAGAGAGAAAUCUGUUGUUUUAUUUUAUUUUUUUUAUUUCUUAAAAAGCUAUGUACUUGACUUUCUUCCUGUGUAUUUGGCUACUUAAUGUGAUGCUUUUACAUACUUGCAAAUUUCAUGUACUAGUGGCAGGACAAAUUAAACUAAUUUUCUCAAAGACUUAAGUACACUGCAUGCAACACUACCUAUACUGCUUGUUCCCAUAACCCACAUUUUUUUCACAUCCCUUUUUCAAAAAGUUUUAUGUUCACUAGAAAUUUUUUAACAUGGGCUGCAGGUAAGUAUUCACUGGAUAGUAUUGUAUUGUUUGUAACAUGUUUAUGUAUUGAAAUAAUAUUAGACAUUACCUGACAACUAUGCAAUGUACUUUUUAAA